GCAGAGGGACAGAGAGAGGGAGGGAGCUGCGUGCAGGCAGAAGGGCUCGUUAGGGGAGCAGCCUGUGCAGAUAUACAGACAUACUUGUGCUCUGACAUCAGCCCAGAUAGGACGCAGGCGCUCCCGCUUUCAGGACGCGUCCCCUCUGCCAGGAAAGGUGAGCCCUUCAGGACGCAGAUCUCAUUUAUCCAGCGGAUAUAUCUCACCGUCCCCCCCCUCGAGGACGAUGAGGAACGAAGCCGGAGUUUGACUGAAACGCUCUUUUACGCGCCGCGUCCAUAUAGUCCUCGUCGACGCACGACGCAGGGAGGAGUGGUGUUUCUCCUGUGGCCGGACUGAAGCCCCUUUUUUUUGCUGAAGGAUGGUGCUGGACAAGGAGGAGAGCGUGUCUCUCGUGUCCCUUCAGUCCAGAGAGAAGCCGAGAGGUUGUGCCGGCUGUAAUGGGAAAAUCCUGGACCGCUUCAUGCUGCAGGCCUUAGACAGGUUCUGGCACGAGGAUUGUCUGAAGUGUGCCUGCUGUGACUGCCGCCUGGGCCGGGUGGGGUCCACGCUUUACACCCGUUCCAACCUCAUCCUCUGCCGCAGAGACUACCUCAGGCUCUUUGGGGUGACGGGGAACUGCGCAGCGUGCAGUAAGCUGAUCCCCGCCUUUGAGAUGGUGAUGAGAGCCAGAGACAACGUCUACCAUUUAGACUGCUUCGCCUGUCAGCUCUGCCGCCAGAGAUUUUGUGUGGGAGACAAGUUUUUCCUCAAGAACAACAUGAUCUUGUGCCAGCUGGACUAUGAAAAAGGCCAUCUUAAUGGUAGCUCUGAGAGGCAGCCUCAAUAAGAGAUGAAGAGAAGGAACCACAGCGAGGAGGCCAAACCCUGAAAGUGACAGCAGAACCCCCCCCCCCCUCUAUCCAGCCUCUUUCUUCAGACUGAACCCUGCUGAGUGGGGAAAAAAAGAAAAACUAAUUACACAUAAUGGCUGCAGCCUGAUAUUUGAAUUUUUUUAUUACAGAGCAGCUAUCACUUCCCACCCAAACACCUCAUGGAUGAAACGCAGCCAAUCAGGCCACACACAAACCGGAGCAGCCGGUCCUCUGUGGUUGUCCAGUUGUUCUGGCUGCAGUCAACCGUACCCGUUGGUCCGAGCAGGGAGCCUUGUCACGGAUAAAAACAUAUUUCCAACUGUUUGAAGCUUCUGCAAAGGAUGAGGAGUUUGUCACACUGCCUGCCUUUCGAGCUUGUAGUUAUUUAAUUCUUUCCUUUAAUCUCAAGCUGAUUUUUCUUGCCUUAUUAAAGUGGAUUUUUGUUAACUGUUCCAGUGGUUGUUAUUGAUCAGGACAGCACGUGCUUUUAGAAGAAGAUCCGCAUUUUCACGUAUAGAAUUAUGGGUAUGGAAAAGUACAUUCGAUUUUAAAAAAAAUCAUGAUUUGUUUGUCUCAACCAUUACAAAUGUAAGCUCUAUUUGCUGCUGUGUUUUGAUUUUUUUGCUUUCCAUUUCUAUAUAAAUGAGUUUUGUUUUUUAGAUAUCAAGUCAUUUUGUUGUUAUGUUUUUGAACUGUGUAAAUUAUUAUGAAAGUAUUUAGUAAUAGCCCCACUGGUUAAAAUAAAAAGUGUUUUAGCUCC